AUGAAACGGCUUGACCAAGGUGAAACGGCUUGGCGGGAAGCUGAAGCGGCUCGUUUGCAGGGUGUAGCGGCUUGGAAGUUUGAUGAAGCGGCUUGGAACAGGCACCCCCCUCUUCCUGAUUACACCCCUCUUUGUGAGAGGAAAACUGUCGGUCCUACGCAUGCCUCACCUUGGAUAUAUGGGACGCUCUCCGACGAUCUUCUUGCCAAAGUUUUACAGCCUCAGUCCACCGCUCACCAAGCUUGGACCCGUAUUGAAGGUAUUUUUCUGAAUAACAAAGGUGCUAGGGCUGCCACUCUUGAGGAAGAAUUCACCAACUUGACACUCCAGUCGGUGUCGUCUCUUGAAGCCUAUUUUCAGCGCCUUAAGGAGAACUCUGACCAGCUUGCUGCCGUCGACUGUCCCGUGACUGAAAAACGCCUUGUUCUAAAGUUGGUUCGUGGUCUGCCAACGGAGUAUGACAUGACCGGUGCCUUAAUCAAUCAAACGCUUCCCUCCUGGUCGGAAGCAUGUGAUAUGCUUCUUCGGGAAUACAACCUUCAAAAAGCCAGAGCCGCCAUCACUCCUCCUGCUAUGGCGGCCGCUACUAUGGAUAAUCCUCCACCACAGCCUCGACCGGACAACCGUGACAACCGCCAAGACAGCCGUGACAACAGGGAUUCUAGAAAUCGAGACGGCUCCUCGUCUCGUCGCGGUCAACAUCGUGGCCGUGGUGGUCGUGGUGGGUAG